AUGCGCCCCCUGCAGGCGGCCUUCCCCCACUGCUCCUCCUCCUCCUCCUAUACUCCGCUCUGACUCCACGGCUCCUCAUUCACUAGAAGAUGGCGGACUGCGCUCCACUAUUAGAUGAGGAACUCUCGUCCUUUGUCUUCAAUUACCUGACAGAAAACUCCGGCAGCCAGUAUGGGGAGGAGGAGGUGUGUUCGGACCGAUUGGACACUGACUUCCCGGACAUCGACCUCUCCCAGCUGGACACCAGUGACUUCGACAGCGUCAACUGUCUCAGCGAGCUGCAGUGGUGCAACGAUCAGCCAGCAGAUGCUUCACCCGCCUCCAUCCAUUACAGUACGGCAGAUGAGCUCUUUGAGAUAGAAGAGGAGAACGCGGCGCUGCUGGCCGCUCUAACCGACAGUUUGGAUGGCAUGGUUGAUGCUGAAGUGGGCGGGCUCUCUGUAUUUCCCACCCUGGGAGAGGGGCCCGACCAGGAAGAGGAAGAAGAAGACAAUCUUCCUCUGAACGCCGAUGAAUUCAGCCAGUCCCUGGGGGCGGAGACCGAGGACCCAUCUCUACUCAAGAAGCUCCUGCUGACUCCUCCCAAUGUGCCCACAGGCAUCGACGCACACAAAGAUAGAGUCCAUGGCCAUCGCUACAGCAACAGAAGCCUGCACCUACGGCCGGUCCGACCUCUGGCCAAGAGUGACCUUCCUCAGGAGCGGAAGCCUCGGGCGGUGCGUCCGGCAGGUCGCCUGUGCACCGAGCUCCACCGCCACCUCACCACCGCCCAGGACUCCGAGGACGCCCCUGCCCCUGACACAGAGGAGGACGAAGAGGAAGAAGAGGAUGAGGACAGUGAGUCAGAGGAGGAUGAAGAGGAAGAAGGAGAGGAAGAGGAGGAGGAGUCUUCAAGCAGCGAAGUGGAGGGCACGGCAGUUGUGACUGCGGCCCCUGUUGAGCCAGCAAAGCCUCAGUUCAGCUCAGAGAAAGAACUGCACUCAGUGGUGGAGCUGAUCACUUACAUGCACACCUACUGCCUGCCCACACGCAAGCAGCAGGGCUGGGAGCGCAAAGACCGGGACUCCCAGAGGCCUCGGGCCAGACCUGAGGCCUCCCGCCCGUCCACUACAAACUCUCACUGCAGAGUUGUCUUGGUGGCGACUCCUGGGACAAGUGGGGGUUCAAGUGGGACUGGCAACAGUGCCCCAAAGAGGCUCCCCUUUGCAAGGCGAAGGGAGAUGAAGGCCAACUCCCUUCUCCGUGAGCUCCUGCAGCAGAGCAGCUCUUACGAUGUGAGCAAGCCUUACAGACUGCACAGCCCUCCAUACUCCCACUCACACAGCCCCAACAGAGGAGGAGCAUCUGCACCUUCUGUCCCGGCUAGAUCAGCCUCUGCCCUCUCCCUCAGCUCUACCACACCUAAACCAGAACUUUGUAAAGACUCUUCCUCCCCUGAGAGGAGAAACAAUUCCUCUGAGGGUCUUCAAAUCCCAGAGGAGUACGCAGAGGACAGCGGCUCCUUCUCGGUUCGCCGCUCCCGACGUCUGGCCUCCUUCCCCAGCCGCUUCGCCAAGAGACUGCGGCCUGGACGGGGGAGGGAAGGAGACGGGAAGGACAGGGAGGAGAGGGAGGAGGGACGAGCAGGAGUCAAACUCCUGCCAACCCAAGCAGGAGGUGUAACCACGAUGGAGACUCAGCCGGAACAGCUAACAUCAGGUGAUAGCAGCGCCAGUACGACAGAGAUGAACAAACCCUGCUGCCAUCACGAAAAGCGAGCCUGCCUCUGCCUGCCUCUCAACCACAAGUCCACAGGAGAGUCUCAGUACAGCACCAAGCCUUUUGAGCAGACGCUCAGCGUGGAUCUGUGUGGAACAGCAGGUCUCACUCCUCCGACCACCCCGCCUCACAAAUCCGUGGAGGACGAGCUCUUCAAACCAGCCGAGGGAGGAAAGGGAAGUGAUGGAGCAGGCGGCGGCAGCAGCGGCGAUGGAGGAGGAGGAUGCAGCGAGUCUGUUCACCCAGCUUCAAACACCAACACCAACACCAACGUUUCCAUGAAGGGUUCAUCCUGGCUGAGCCGCAACCACCACCAGCGGAAGCUCCCAGAGCAGACGGAGCUCUACGCUCAACUCCGGCGCAUGGGCCAGGCCGGCGACAGCGACACCCACCGCACAUUUGGCGACCAUGAUUACUGUGCGCUGAGCCUCGGGGAGAGCCGCAAGCGGAGCGCUGCCAUGCUUGGCGCCAUGUUGCAGGCACAAGGAGGAAGCGACGGAGUAAGCAACUUAGCACCCAAAAUGGUCGAGGAUCAGGUAUCGGAUGAGAAGGUCGCGGACGGCGAGGAAAGGCUGCUGGUAUCAGAAGUCGAGGAACCUCUUGACAAGCAGACAAUGACAGUAGUGAUAUCAUCAUCGCCGCCGACAGACUGCCAGUCCGAUGCUGCGACACCACCGGCCUCGGAGGAAGAGGCAGAGCGCUCAUCUGCAUCUCGCUCACCUUCGCCUAUCCUCCACCUGUGUCCAGACUCGCCCGCCAGCAAGACGGACUCCAGUGAGAACUCGGAGAUCUGUCCCGACGACAAGCAGAGGAACAAAGCCAAGUCUGAUGAGGACAACUGCCAGGUGUUUUACAUCCACAACCUGCCAAGCAGCGUGACCCAGAACAUGCUGAGGAAACGUUUCCAGGUUUUCGGAAAACCAGAAGACUGCAAAGUCAUCAUCUGCAACGAGGAGCGCUGCGGGGUGAUAAAGAUCCGACAGCCGGGGCCUCAGAGACAUCGGAGAGAACGCGAGACUGUUUUCCAGAAUGGACCCGCCGGUCUGAGGAGGCUGACGAGAAAACGCUACAUAGAUCUUGAUGAGGCAGGUCCAGGCCCCGUUAAGAGCAAGUACGAUGCACUGGACUUUGACACUCUGCUGAAGGAGGCCCAGAAGUCCCUGCACCGCUGACAGAACAGUGCCCCUGACUGGCCAGCCUUAGUAAACUGCAGCAACACCCCUCCGACUACACGGCUCUGCCCUCAGACAGGCCUCUCAGUACCUCCAUGCAAGGCAACCUCGCAAAAUGUUUACAUUUUUACCAUUGGAAUAAAGUAAAGAUAAGGACCUUGUUGUUUUUUUAAGUUUCUUUCACCGGAGGAUACUGCUUAAAAACGAGGAAGCCACUGGGCGUCCGGAGGAGUUACGAGACCAUGGAGGAAACAGGACUUUAAACAGCAAUGGUACAACUACAAACGAUAACAGAACAGUUCUCUGCUGAACAACAAUAACAAAGCUGUAUGUGUUGGUGACAUCAUGGCCCCGCCUUGGGAGAGCGGGCAUGAGAGACAUCUGUAGCAGAUCCUUGCUAUUCCUGCGUUGCGUUGGUCGUUGUGGUGUGCGUUUCUGCGUGUGCGUGUUCUUUGUUCUGUUUGUUUUGUAAAAAAAAAAGAAAAACCUCCCUCCUUCCGGUUACGGGUGGUGAACCUGCAAGCUGUGUUCGCCAUGAAGUUGUGUGGUUGUAUAACCAGAAAAAUAAAAAAAACCCUGCUUUGUUUUAGCGAAAAAUUGUGGAUGUUAUAAAUUUUAAAAAUCUAUUGUGUGUGCGUUAUGGACAAAGAGUAUAUAUAUAUAAAAAAAAAAACAUUUAACGUAAUCAUUUGAUGACUGAUAAAGUUUACAAAUCUAAAAUGAAGAAGAAAAAAAUCAUGUUUUUUUCUUUUUUGUAAUUGUAGUGCUUCCUUGAUUUGAUCUAUGCACUGUAAGGAGGUAAAUGUCUCCGCUGUCCUCCACUUCCCCCCUUUUGAAUCUAGUCUCUAACUCUGCCAUGCUGAAUAUUUUUGGCUCUGCUACUGGCUGCUGCAGGCUUUGUGAAGUAGGCGCUCCAUACGUUCAGACCCCGACUCAGUGCUGGGAAAAACUCAUCCUGAUAUCAACCGUCCAAAUCAUGCAAUAAUUAGAGUUCUUCAAAAAGGAUUGACAGCUUGUUUAGCACAUCGCCUGAAAUGGUCUCAAAAUAAGCUUAAAUCAGAUCCCAUGACAUAAUUGGAAGAAGUAACAUGUUUGGAGUAUCUAGGGGAAAUCAAAUCCCAUGAAUUAGCUAGUGUUAGAAAUAAAGGCAAGGUUAAAACAAAGGGACGACAUCAGGGGAACAAUGCCAACACAGCUGUUCCAAAGCUGUCACAGUUUGACAUUUCUCUGGUUCAAAACUGCCAAAUGUCAAUCCAACACAUAGACCUAAUUACGCCAAUCAUAGAGGACCAGUCGGUAAGGUGCAACAAAUUGGCUUGACUCAUAUUUUCUUGUGGUUAUUCAGAGCAUGUUUAAAAAAUGGGGGACCUGUCUCCAUUUGUUGAUUCUUGGUGACUUUUUUCCAGAUCUGAGGAGGUCUGGAUGUAUCUUCGAUAGGGUCCCAUUGAACAUGUGUCCAACAUAGGCAGUAGCCUGACACCCUACCCUACCCUCCACCCCCCCUCCCCCGAAUGCCACAGCCAAUGCAACAGUUUCUGUUUACAUUCGGACUGCAGCAAGCAGGACUUUAAAAUGGGGAAAUCGGUUUGCUUUAAGUAAUGAACUCAGUAUGCAUUCAUCAAAUCUGCACAUUGCUCAGACCUAGCUAGUCCAGUUUCCUUUCAUCCAUCAGGAUUUCAACCCUUUAGAGUUUUUAGGAGCUCUUACCCAGUGACCUUAGAGCUUGAUGUUGGGUUUCAGAGUACCGUGGACAGUAGGACCAGUUUUCUGCCCAUUCACCACCCAUGGACUAUCGUCAUUGUUGAGAGGUUGAUGAAUCUGUUGGUUCAAAUGGAAUGUAUUCAAGUAUCUGAAUGUAAUCACGGUGUUUUCCCCAUUUCUGCUUGCCCAAAGAUUGUGGAGCUUUAUGGUGCUUUUAAAAAGGUAGACUUGCUUGAGUCGUACGGUUUACUGAGUGUGACCGGUUAUGGCUCGUUAGGGAAGUCCGGGUAGCGCCUAUUUAUUUCUUUUUACGAUCCUGACCCAGCCAGUAGCACAGGCCAUGAAAAGUGAAAAGGGAGAGAGCUUCCAAGCCUGCCAACGUGGUGGCAUCACACCGCCACCUACAACACAGCCAGGGAAGAGCAAGGGAUGGGGCUUGAAAUAGCGAAAAAGUUGCGGACGAGAAUUUUAACCUCUCGUCCGGGAGGUACUGUAUCAGCCGAGCAUCUCUACCUCACAUCCAUCCAUCCCUGCUCCACCCUGUCUUUUUAUUUCUCGAUCCACUGGAUGCUCUCCCCCCCACCUCCCCCCAACUGUCUUUCACAAGUUCUCUGUUUUGUUUUAUGUCAGAAAUGUUCUCUGUGUAAGGGUUCCCCACACUAGCGGGCGGUUCUGGGUAGUCUGGGGUUUGUGUUAGAUUUUUUUAUACUAAGACUCCUUCUACCACUAAGCCUCUUGUGAGGGGGUAAAUCUCUGUCUUUUCUCUGACUCUUUCUUCGCUUGCCUCAUAACGGUUCUAAGCGUGUCCGUUUCUCGGAGUCUCGACCUUGUGUCCUUGUGUAACUUGAGUGUUUUGUCUUUGUCUCGUGUUUGAGUCGGACACUGCUGACGCUUGCAGGUUGGUUAGGACGGGACGGGAGGGGUUGAACAGCGGCUUGGUGGUUGGUCAGUCCUUGAGCGCAGUUGAAGGGGAAGAUUCCCAAGCUUCCCCUUGCCCUCAUUUUCUUAUAUUCCUUGAGGACACACCACUCCUACUGAUUUCUCUGUUCCUCCUCUCCUAGCCUGGGAAUUUCAAUAAAACGCAGCCCGACUCUUCCUCUAACUUUAUCUCUAUCGCAUUUGUCUCGUUGGGUGGAAGGCCGAGUUUCAAGGUCUUACUCAAACCCUGGUAUACUCCCUGCUUUUAACAGAAAAUCCAUCUUCCCCCCCUCCAAAUCCUCUUCCUUGUCCUUGCUCUAUCUAAUCAACUCCUUGGUAACACACACAAAAAAUUGAAUGUUUACAUCACUCGAUUCUCCUUUGACUUUAUUAGGAACGCACACUAAGUACAAAGGCGCCUUAUUCAGUGUUACAAAAAAGAUAGCAAGUAAAGUGGCCCCGGAGGGAUGCACCUUCUUUGGGCUCACUGAUGUCCAAAACUAACUAAAACAAUUUAGUGCUAUACAUACUGAUUGAAAAACAAGGAGUCAAUUUGAAUUAACACCAAAAAAAAAAGGAAAAAUAGAAAUUUGAACAAAACUAAUUGUGAACAACUGAAUGAGUAUUUGUGCUUAGUAUGUAUACUACUAAAAAGUGAGAGAAUGUGCUGGUUUACAUAUUAAAAAAAGAAUAUAUUAUAAUAUAUGAAUAUAAAAUGUGUAUAUAGCACUAUGCCUCAUUGUAAACAUAAAUUGUAUUGUGUGUUUUUUUUAAAGGUGGCGGGUCAUAGUUGAUUGCUAAUCAGACAGGAGAUGGUCAGGUCAGUUUUGUUCAGAUGAGUUUCAUGUUGGUUCAGUACAGGGAGGAAAUUAAGGGAAAAUUGAGUUGAAAUUACUUCACACAAAGUCCAACACUGUUGUUAAAAGAAAGACAAAAAAUAUCCAAGUAUCCCUUUAGACUACCACACUAGAAGGCUCAAUUUCUUUUGCUGUUUAUGAGAUAUUUUCUUAAUGUUUGUUUCUGUUCUCUUGAAAAGCAAUUUGAAAUGCAAUACAUAAUAAUCUUAUCUAUAAGACAGCCUUUUCCGAGAAACUGAGGUAAUAAUGUACAGUAUGUGGUUGGUUGUUGAACGGCAACACGGGCAAUCUUUGAGCUGCGGAUUCAAUAUGCUACUGAACUGUAUGUAGACUGCUGUUAAACACAGAAAAAAACAGGGAGAAUGUGGUCAGUAAACACAACACGUACACAAAAGAAAUGGUACUAAUAUACUCUUGCACAAAUAACGUCCCAAGUAGUGAAAUACCUUCACAUAUUUUCUUCUCAUUGAAAGGAAGCUGUUGUAACUAUGUUAUUACCACAUUUUGAUGGUGCACAGGUUCUGAAUUGCAUUGGACACUUACUUGUAUUACAAUAACAGCUAAUAACUACACACGUAUGACUGGUAGAGGUAAUGGUAGUGCGGGGGAAAGGGAAAAAAAGAGAAGUUUGUUGCUGGUUUGACCCAGUUAGGUUCAGGGUAGUUGAUACAGAUUCGGUAGACACUGUAGAAACCCCAGCGUCACGGCUGCACCAGAGAGAAGCUUUUGGAUCAGAACAAUUGGGAUUAAAUACAAGUUUCUGAUUUUUAAAAUGGUCCAAAUACUGAUUAGAAAGUCAUGUUUGCAAGACUCUGCAGCCCCAGUUGUUAAUGCUGCAUCAGGCUUUACUCUGCAAGGACAAAAAGCUCAAAGUUUGUCCAGGAAAAGUUCAAAGGUUGAAAGUUGGAGGAGCAAAUUUGGUUUUGUGAUUUGUUCAGUAUUAUUUUUCAUUGAGAGUGCAGCAUGUGUUGGGAUUUCUACAGUUGCUAUUGCUGUGCCUGUGAGGGAACCUUCAUUGUUUGGAGGUGAAUGACAUCAAACCCUGUUUUUUCAUCAUGGCAAGCCUUAAAAACUCAAUCGGGGGGAAAAUGAAGCUACCACUAGCUUUUGUUAUAACUGUUUCAACUCCUUUCCAAUCCAAUGUGGUUUUAUUAUUGAAUAAUUACUGACGUAAUUAAAACUUUUUUCAAUAGCCAUAUUAUAAAAAGGUAUAUACAUAUAUAUGAAUAUAUAUAUUUGUGUGUUUGUGUAGAUAUCUAGAUGAUUAUAUACUUUCUUAUAGAAAACUUUGAUGUUGACCAUUCUCCUCAGUGUUUUGAGAACACGUUGACACAUUUCAGCAUACUAAUGCCGCUGUCCGCUUGGUCUAGGUCCUAGGUCGAUGGACAACGAAUCCAAAUAACAAAAUAGUACAACAAAAAAAAAUUUAAAAUUAUAAAAAAAAACUUCCAAAGGGAAAAACCCCUGUCAGAAUGCAAUACCUUCUUUCCACUCUUCAUUUCAGAAAAAUGGGAAAUGGCAAGAAAACCAUGAAACUUGAUAGGCAAGUUGACCAAAAAAUGAAACCUAAACAAUAAAGAGUGUGGCUCGUGAACAAAAUGUGAUGUUUUCAACAGCCACGUCAUAUUCAGUUUUAUAGACAUCGUGUUUCCGACAUCAUGGCCCACUAAAAAGCAAGUCUUUGUUUUGACGUCACUUAUUGUUUCUUUAGUUCAGAAAACAAUGUAUCUGUCAGCUACAGCUUACACCAUCAGUCGAGCCCCUACCAGGACAGCAGUGCGCUUGCAAUACUGACCUGAUUCUGAUCACACGUUCCACUUUGAUCUGCAAAAAUGGUUGUGUCACAUUUCAAACGUCAACAGUUGUACAAUACACAGAAUCUAAUGGGUAAUCUGUCAAACUUGAUGGCAACAGUGAUGUCAAAUAGGCACUUAGUAGGGACUGCAAUCUGUCAAAAUCUGCUAAAUGUGAGUGGGUAUUUUUUUGGUGGAAGAAAAUAUUUUGACAUAAAGGGCAUACAUUGUUUUUGUUGUUUUUCAUUACUAUUGAUUUUAUUGUCUAUUUACAUCUAAUGACUAUCAAAUUCACAAAUGAUUUUAUUUCUUUUUUAACUUAGUUUUUGGUAAAACAAAAAAGGUAAAUACUGCUAGUGAGAUUUUAUAUUUUUACAUAUGUUGGUUUUAUUUUGCGUUUCUUCUUUUUUUAUUUAUACGCCACUUAGUUUGGAUGUCUUUAAAUGGUGUUAUUUUCUCCGUUUUUGUGUGAUUUCAUAUGUCUUGAGAAUGGAGACAAAAGGCAUUUCAGUAUUUUUGAAUUGUUAAAAUCUAGUUUCAUAGAAGCGGAAGUAUCUGAUGUUAUAAAUUAUAUUUUAAUUCAUGUAAAUAGUUUAAAACAGAAGACUAUGGCUUCCUUUUAAACUGAAUACAUUUCUCUUCAGAGAUUGUUUACAUUAUGAAACUGUAGAGAUGUGCUCCUCAUAUACUGUAUAAAGUACAUAUAUUCAUUGAUUUGCCUCCAAAAAAAUAAAAUCCUAAUGAACAGCA